CUAUGGAAACCAGUCUACGCUGGCACCUUUUUAUGUCUGGUAAUGUGUAGCUCCGUCUGUUUUCAAUCUCAGAUCAGCUUUCUUUGUCUGUGGUACAUAUGCUGGUUAUUGCUUCAUUUCUGUUCAAUUUCCAUUCUCGUAGGCGUUUUUUUUUUUAUAAUUUUCAUUUUACAGGCUUUGCACGAAAUCUAGAAUGCAAUUGUAAGAAUGCAUUAAUAAAUGCAUCGUAUUAAUUUCAAAAAGGAGAUUAUCCGAUGUAAUAAACGUAUAAUUACCUGGUCGCAUAAAAUUGAUUAGGGGUGUCAUAAAUUUAAGUAGCAGAGCACUAGCUGACCCCAGUAUUAUCGAUGACAGGGAAAUCGAUUUUCCAGCAUUUAUGGUGCCAUUGUCAAUGAUAUAUAACCUGUUCUGUACUGCUAGCACAUAUUCACUGUACUGAAUCCGAAGGAGACUCGGCUCCGCGGUUUUGUAUGGAGAAACAUGUAUAUGUAAAGGUUACAAGAUAGAGGGUUCGUAUUAAUAGCUGAAAUGUGGGCAAAUACAGGAACGGAAAACGUGGCAAAUGACGUCAGCGCCUUUCAUAGUGGACCACCAUCACAAAGCGCUUUACAGAGAUCCGCCAAGCUGGAUAAAAUGCAUGGAACCACCCGGAUUAAAAUCACGGAGUUGAACCCGCAUCUCAUGUGUGCCCUGUGCGGAGGAUACUUCAUCGACGCCACGACCAUCGUGGAGUGUCUGCACUCGUUUUGUAAAACAUGCAUUGUUGGUUACUUGGAGACUAACAAAUACUGCCCAAUGUGUGACGUUCAAGUGCACAAAACAAGACCGCUUCACAGUAUCAGAUCUGAUAAAACCUUGCAAGACAUAGUCUACAAGCUUGUCCCAGGGCUUUUCAAAGAUGAGAUGAAGAGGAGGCGAGACUUCUACGCAGCUAACCCCACAGCGGAUGCUACCAACAGUUCGAAUGAAGACCGAGGGGAGGUCAGGGAGGAGGAGAAGAGAAUAAUCACGGAUGACGAGAUCAUCAGCCUGUCCAUCGAGUUUCAUGAAGGCACCACAAAUGAAAAGAAGGUUGUGACGGAAACACAAGAUGCAGAAAAAGAAAAGUCUCGAUCCCUCCAGGCGAACAGCAAGCGGUUUCUUCGCUGCCCGGCUGCCAUGACCGUGACGCACCUCUCCAAGUUCCUGCGCAGCAAGAUGGAUAUUCCCAGCAAUUACAGAAUCGAGGUGUUGUACGAAGACGAGCCUUUGAAAGACUACUACACGCUUAUGGACAUUGCAUACAUUUACACAUGGAGACGGAACGGCCCUCUUCCUCUCCAGUACAGAGUGCAGCCCACCUGCAAGAGGAUAAAACUGUCCCAGCAGCAGCCGGCCAGCAACUCUGACGGCAUGAACACCAGCGGCAACUCGGAGAGCGACUCCGUCAGCGACAAAGCCAACAGCCCGGCCACCGUGCCCUCCACCUCCUCCCCUCUGCCCAGCCCCGGGGCGCACAGCAACCGGACCUCCCCCAGCCCCUCCGGAGCCGCCCCCACUUCCCUCGCCAGCAGCUCCGCCCCCCCCACGCUCCUGAACGGCACCUCCAACUGCCGGCAGCUCUCUCCCUCUGCAGGGAGGGGCCGCAAAGUGACUGUCAACGGAGGAGGAGGAGGGGGAACGGGAACGACGUCACCCCUGACCUAAAACUCCAUCAUCUCCAUCAUCAUCAUCAUCAUCAUCGGCAUUCAACGACAACCAGCCACAAAGAGAGGACUGAGGGACUGGACUCUGUAUAUUGUUCUAGUUAUUUUAUAUUCUUCAGUCGCCCCCACUUCUUUUUGUUCUGCGUCUUUUAUUUAACGGGACUACGGUAGGGCUAUAGAGAGAUUCAAGAAAUCUGCUGCUUUUGUUUUUUGAAAAUGUUCUUGGUUAGAAGGGUUUGAAAUGCUUACUGCUACAGUUCCAGUUCAGCCUAGUUUCAUUACAGUUCAUUUUACCCCUACUCUCCCCACAAAUUUUAUUUCAUUUUUGUUUGAAGAAUUAGGAGAUUUCCUAGUGCUCCGAUCUCAACUCCUGGUGGAGGAAAAUUGAGCUAUUAAGGAAACUAUGCAGCUCUUCCCAUGACCGGAAUAUACAUCACAGUAUGUAGAAGGCUGAAACCCAUGAGGAGAAUCCUUUAUAUUUGUUGCCCAUGUGCAAUAGCAGCAUUACCAGGGUAACACAUUGGCAGUAACCUCUGGAAAUAUAUUGCCUGAAUCCAGCUCACGUCAAAAAAACACAUUCUCUUCUGUUUUUGAAUAGUAUUCAAAGCACAAAACAAACAACAAAAAAAAGAAUUUAUUCUUGCUAUCGGAGAGUGGACAGAUUCUUAGUUGCUCAUCAGUUGUGUUCAAUGUUCUGUCUAUUACUCUGCCCACAACCCACCAGCUGUGGCGCAGAGUCCCAAAUCUUGCUUUAUUUUGUUGGUUGCUGCUUGCGUUUUAGUUUCAUGUUUUAACACGCAGGGUUCCGGUUUGUACUGGGACUGAACCUUGACUUCAGUGGAAGUGUUUCUCCACUGAACCGAAGGUAUACCUUGCUUAGCUCUAGGCUAGAAACUGGCUGUAAACGACAACAUUUUAAAUAGAACCGAUUUAUAGAAUUGUCCCUAUUGUUAAGUGGGUGUCUACCCCUUCCUCCCUUCAAACAGUAUGUACAGUUUCAUAUUUAUAUAUUUCUUCCUUGGGUACUUUGUGUGCCUUUUUAAAUAAAAAAGGACCAUCAAUUGUUCAAUGUCUCAGCACGAAAUGGUUCUCAAAACAGAUAAAAUCGGGUUUAUCAAACUAAACAAUACAAUCUAAGUUUUUUUUUUUUUAAGUAUUUUUGUAAUAGCAUCAUCAUACCAGUUUACAAAAAAUUAUCAGACUUAUGUUAGGUCAUUUGGCUUUACAAGAUUAGCUUGGAACAGCAAAUACAUCAUUUUUUUUUUUUUUUUGGAGGGGGAGGUUUUCAGAAGAAGUUUGGAAGAAGUUGCUAUGAAAAGUUGUGAAUUCAAUGGUGUUGAUGGCUGUAUGGUACCGCAUCAGACAGCCAUUCACUUUCAUAUUUCAGCAUCGUUUUGCUGUGGCUUUGUUAUUACUUUAGAUUUGCAGUUUCGAAAUUGUGCAAAUGAAAUCCAUGUGAUCGUGUGUAUUUGCUAGACGCUUUCAGCGAUCACAUUCCUCAACCAGUCACACUAAAAAUGAGCAGGCGAAUAACCUGUUUGAAAAAACUGCUUCUUUUUAUACAAGUACAAAAGAAAAACGUACAACAAAAUGUUUGUUGCUGCAUCCUGUAUGAUGUUAAAUGUAGUGUAUAAUAUAUUAUGUUUAGCUUAUAUUCGUUAUUGUAAAAAAAAAAAAAAAAAAGUAUAAUACUGCUUUGUAAAUGUAAUAAAACGAGGAUGUUUUUUUUCUUGUGCGAAAGUAUGACUUUUUUUUUGUAUACCUAAAAUAAAAACUUUUUUUUUUUAUAUGAUUCAAA